GCGUUGCCUGGAUUGAUUCCGCACUUACUUACCCUCUCGCUCGCUCUCGCCACCACCACCACCAGGCCUCGCUCGCGCAUUGGAGCUCCCGUUGCGUGCCUGCCUGCCUGCCUGCUGCUGUGAGCUUUCAGGUCCGCCCAGGGCCUGCGUGCUGCAUUUCCUCCUCUCUGGGUGCCUGGCUGCGUGGUGGUGGUGAUAGUGCACAGGGCGGCGUCGCGGGGUUGAGUUGUUCAGGUUUUCCCGUUUUUGUGUAGUUUUUCGGGUGGAUUCUGAGACGGCGUUGAUUUUGUUGCUCAGUUUUGCCCAGUGGGGUGGUGUUGUGUGGAGGUGGCCAAUGUCGGCUUUGGUUGUCUGCAAUUCAGUUUUUUCCUCAGCUGUGGUACCGACUCGCAUUUAGAGCGACGAGAUUUCGGACCCUGCUGCAGUGAAGUCAUCGAAAACGCCUGCAUUGAAGUGGUUGCUCUGCGCGUAGGCAUAUAUGUACUUUGGUGAGGAAGAUUCUGGUGGUCAUUAUGCGAACUGGCUGCCCAAACGUCCCCAACGCCUUUCAAGUUCAUGUUACGUGGUUGAUACUCAACAGCAGCAAAGUUCCUUGUUUAGUACAGUACCGAAGCUUUUUCACACAUUGUAGUAAAGUUCAGAUGAGCGGUGAAGGAGUCUUGCUGCAACGAGGGAAACAACCAAGACCACUGGAAGAUGGCAAUUGGGUAUGCGACGAUCCAUCUUGCGGCAAUGUCAACUAUCCCCGGCGAACGGAGUGCAACAAGUGUGGAAAGCGGAGAGGACCACUUGGAGAUGCAGUGGUGAAGGCCUACGUAGAUACCAUCAAAUUUUCCCGCGACAUUGGUUCUUCGGGGUUACCCCCACAAAUGGUCCAAGGUGAACGCGGUGGGAUACUUCAUCGAGGCGUGAUUCCACACAUGGGAAUUGCUGAAACUCAACAGUCUGGGAUGUCCAUAUCUCCAGGUUCCAGCCACGUAAAUGUUGGAGACAUAGAGCCUUGGAUGGGAGGAGGCUUUGAGUCGCCUAUGCUUCCGUCAUUUGUAUCCCACUAUAUCACCGGGGAUGGUGGCAUGACUGGUCGUCGGUCUUCUCUCAGCGCUGCCACCGAAGGGAAGCGACUAGCAGAGCAACUGGUGGCCUCCUUCGCUACAUCCGCGGAUCCAGUAGGGGACGCUGGUGAGUGCCUAGCCUCCGCUGCCCUCUGGUUACAGACCAUGAAGUCGAGGGUACAAACAGGUGGAGAGCCAGGCCUGUCCACCGCUUCGUCUCUUCUAUCCGGAGCCAAUUCACUUGGACUGAACUCCUCUCUGAAUGGGGUGAAUCUUCUUUCACAGUCCCAUUUAGGUGGAGUCUCGGGUAUUGGGAGUCCAGGCCCAGGUGUCUUAGGCAACCUAGUGAUAAAACCUGGACCCGGAUUAUCACAUGGUAACACCAUAGGGAACUAUUUAGCACGAGGAAGCAACACCGCAGGAGCUGUCGGAAGCCCGUCAGGGUCUACUCGAGGCAUCAUGGGCCGCCCAGGUCUACGUUUUGAGGAUUUUAAAGACCGUCCAAGCGACUUCUUGCGGGAAUUUGGGGAUCCAGCAGCAGUGAAUGCAACAGCUAUGGGCGGUGGGCAGAGGCCAGAACCGGGGAUUAACGGUAACUGGGAAUGUGAAGAAUGCAAGAAUGUUAACUUCCCAAGACGGACCAACUGCUUUCAGUGCCACAAGCGGCGGGGUCCCAAAGGCGACGAGAUCGUUCGAAAAUACGUGCGGAUUUUGAUUGAAGACCCAGGCAGUAUACGUACUUAAGUGGGGAGAGAACCUCUGAUUUGAAUACCUCACGAAAGGCCGCUAGGAUUUUUCAGAUAGCCUUCUUUUUAUCCCUUGGGGCGGCUAGACUUUUUAAUGAAAGAGUUCAACCAGGUAGAGAGUGCCUAAUCUCUUGUUGGUCAAGACUCUCAUUGAGGUACACUAUCUUUACUGAUUAACCAUUAAUGAUUUCCUCUAGAAAACCGAGCAAUGUAGUCUUCUCGUAGCAAUCUGCAUCCUGUACCUUGGCGAGAAUUGGUGUGCAGCUCCUUUUUCCACACCGACAACAGGAAGCAGGUUGUUUAUUAAAAUCAGGUUGAUCAGGUCAAUUUGUCGAUAUCACCAAGGUCAUAUCAAACCCGUCCGUUGAUUGACUUCCUUGGAGCCACGUCGUAGUCUGGUCCUUACCCCCUUUGAGCUAAAAGUUAUUGCGAAGGGAAAACCAGUCCAUGACAUUCUAGCUUGCUUUAAUGUUCUCAUGCUAAUCAUCCUAUUAGCAGCAUGAGCAUCCUUCUGUGAUCGACGUGCUCACUCGUCUACACGAGUGCGUCGAAUCUUCUGCAUUUACAUGCGGAGCUUGAAGGAGCUCUUUUUCUUAAUCAGAAUCCAUGUGUGUGAAGGUAUGAAAUAAAGCAGGAUUGCACAUUUGUUGUGGUUUCACUUGA